AUGAAUUCGUACAGCCACAAUUGGGGGCACUCGGGAAGCCACCGUCGCGGCGUCCUCACCGAUGACAACGAAGCUCUGGCUGGUGAACUCUGUGUUAAGGUCGAUCUGCUGCGCGAGCUAUCCAAGAGCAUCGGAGACGAAGUGCGUGAGCAGAAUGCCUUCCUUGAUGGUAGUCUUUCGGAUAUGUUUGCGCGCUCUGAAGGUAUGCUUCGCUCGGCACUGCGACGAGUCGGUCUUAUUCGUCGCGAACAGGGCUACUGUGCUUGUGGUCUCUACUGUCAACUUUUCCUCUUUGCCCUCCUUUUCUUUUUCCUUUGUUGGCUCCUUCUUAAAUUUGCUCGACGCCUUCCAAUGGGUCAUGCUCAGUUCUACGUCCUCUACGAACCAUCCAGUCUGGAAGUACGGGCAAUACCUCAGGGAAAGGACGUGGAUCUCUACGUGAUAGCCGAUGAUGACCUGUAUUACUUUAGGCACCGAAUUCCUCAAAUCGAAAAAUUCUUAAACUCAUCCUCUUCCUUCUCUCUAAAGUCAAAGACAACGCGAUUGGUGAAACUCGAUCCACCUGUACCCUGGGAGGUAAUCUCCCCACCUGUGGAGGUGAAGUCGAUACACCGAUUAAUCAACGCCACCACCACUACCUACUGGUCUUCCAUUCCAACUUUCACCCUCGCCUCAACUGGUCUGGGUGUGGAGAGGCUUUACGUGCCUGCAGCUUUUAGAAGACCCCUUUUCAUAGUAGUUUUCGCGCCCUCUAGUGGAUUUGUUGAAUCUGAUAACGGUGCGGAAUCACUAGCCACUGAGGAGCAGCAAUACCACCACUUCUUUAUUCAGAUUCUUAAAGAGAACGAGGAGGUUGUAUCGACUUAUGAGACAGUUCGAGGUGAAGCAGAAAGGCGAAGCCUCUCCUAUGAUGAACUUACAGCAAUGUUUUCAACCCUCCACGUGGAGUUCCAGCGUGAAACGAAGGUGAAGCCGUCCCUCGUGGCUACUGCGACAUCGCAGCAUUCGAGGGUUCAAAGAAAUGAGGUGGUGAAAGAAAGGGAUGAUGAAAAAGGGUCAUCUGCAUGGGAAUUGUUACAACACUUCUUGUUAAGCUUACUUGAGAAUCUUGUUAAUGUUCUUAUCUAG